CGGCGUUGCUCUUCCAGGUUCCACAGAGGCAGCGAGAUAAGUUCCACUUCAACGCCCGAACGGAGUCUCCACCGGCGGCUCGAAAAAUCAGGAAAACCGCUGGAUCUGGAUUGUCUUUGGCCUGUGGAAAUCUGCAUGCAUUUCCUGUGCGAUGGAGUCAGCAAAUUUGGAUUAUGAAGGGCUGGACAGGUGUACCCUACGGCAAAUGCUGGACAUGAGGAGAGGAUACACGAUAUGAAAAACAAUACAGGCUGCUGCCUCCUCCUGAUCUGAGACCAGCAGAUGAGGUCAGCUAAGCUCAUCAUCAUGGUGACCUUCUCUGAGACGACUCAGGCCUCCCACAUGGGGCUGCGUGAGCCGACCGUCCUGACCGCGACCCUGUCCCCUGGGCUGCGGCGGAAAAAGAUGCUGUGGCAGAACGCUGUAAAACACAUCAUUAACCAACAGGAGCUCAGCGCCCAGGUGGGUGUGGAGCCAGCAAGUAAAAUGUUUGUGACGGAUACCUACAUGGAGGAGAUCAACAGACAAAUUCGCAACAAGGCGUCACGCGGGGUCACAAAACGCCGCGCCUCCUCGCUCAGAGUGCACCCGGCCCGUGGCUCCACCAGCACACAACACAGUGGCAGGACUCUCUAUAAUGAAUACGCCAGCGAUGCCGACUUCUUUUUGCACUGGGGCCACACAAUUCGUGGAGUCUACAUGCCCAGCCUGAGGCACACCUUUAAGUCUCGUGACCUGGAGAAACUCUACCAGCAACACUACUCCCAACAGAGACGCAACUCUCUCGCCCUCAACAAUGUACUCGAUGCGGUUGCCAAGCUACACGUGUUGGUUCUGUACCUGGUGCUGGCCCCCGAGGCGGACCCGGACGCUCUGCGCGGCUACCUGACGGGCAUCUUCAUGGUGCUAGCUAUAGUGCUGUGCAUCGUGGUACUAAACUGCAAAGACUCCAUGCCCCCACGGUGGCUUCACUUCGCCGGCCUAGCCAGCUGGUUGUCGCAGACCACGCAGGUGAUGGGAGGACUGGUGUAUGGACUGGAAAUAGAUCCGUCGUGGUAUGUUUUGUUCACAUUGUUCGCCACAUACACGCUGCUGCCGUUACCUCUGCUGUGGGCCAUAUGUGCCGGCUCCCUCACCUCAGUACUGCACUUCCUGGUGGAGAUAGUGCGCCACUACAAUGAUGCUGUGCUUUUCAGAAAGGUGCUUGCCAAAGGCCUGCUGUACCUGGGUAUGAACACAGCCGGCUUGUUCAUCCACUACCUGACAGACCACGCCCAGAGACAGGUGUUCCUGGAGACGCGGCGCUGCAUCGAGGGUCGCCUCAAACUAGAGCAAGAGAACCAGAGACAGGAGCGUCUGGUGCUGUCAAUCCUGCCUCGCUUUGUUGCCGUGGAGAUGACUGCUGACAUGGGUUCUUUGGAAGAUGAACUCAACCCUCAGGAGUUUCACAAGAUCUACAUCCACCAGUACAAAGACGUCAGCAUCCUUUUUGCUGACAUCAAGGGCUUCACUCUGUUGUCCAUGAACCUGUCGGCCCAGGAUCUGGUCCGAACCCUCAACGAGCUCUUUGGACGCUUUGACCGACUGGCAGAUGAGCACCACUGCAUGCGGAUAAAGAUCCUGGGGGACUGUUACUACUGUGUGUCAGGGGUCCCUGAGCCACAGCGUGCCCAUGCCCGUCAUUGUGUUGAGUUGGGACUCGACAUGAUCAACGCCAUACGGUCUGUGCGUAAGCAGCUGAAAUUUGACAUGGACAUGAGGAUUGGGAUCCACUCAGGCUCUGUCCUGUGUGGCGUUCUGGGCCUGCAGAAAUGGCAGUUUGACGUUUGGUCCUGGGACGUGGGCAUCGCCAACAUGCUGGAGGCCGGGGGCAUACCAGGACGCAUCCACAUCUCGAGGGCGACUCUGGACUGUCUGGAAGGCACCUACAAGACAGAAGCCGGUCACGGCCGCGACAGGAACGAGUUUCUGCUCAAACACAACAUCGACACUUUCCUCAUCUGCCCUCAGGAGGAAAGGAACAAAGUCGGUCACGCUGAGCCCCCCAAAGUCCAGAAAAGAAAUCGAACCUCGAACCCAGAGUUGCCCUUUGGGAGCUCCAUUGACAUGAACAGUAUCCUGGCCUCUUUUACGAAUGGCUCGCUGCCCAACAUAUGGCGGUCCUCCUCCAAGGAGAUCAACAAACGCAUCAGACAUGCUAUUGAGGUUCAAAGCAGUGAUCGCAUGCACAGGGAGCACAUCACUCCGCUGACCCUGGUGUUCAAAGACGCUCACAUCGAGGACAAGUUCUCCCAGAUGAGAGAUGAAAUGUUCAACUCCAACCUGGUCUGCUCCUUCAUCAUGCUCCUCUUCCUCAUGGCUGCCCAGGCCCUCAUUGCUGCACCGAGGCUGUUCCCGGCCGUCCUACAGUUUUCAGUCUUCCUGCUCGUCUACAUGCUGCUGCUGCUGUUGGCCCUGGCCGAGGAGUUCAGGUGCACUCCUUUACCACUGCAGCAGAUCUGCUGCUGGAUCCAUGAAAACAACAGCGCCCGCAACCUCCUCACACUUACCGCCAUCGUCAUCAACUUUGGCUUGGCCUCUACUGACAUGGUAUGGUGCUUUCUCACAGACACAGGGGAGGCCGAUGUAAUGGACAGAACCAACGCAGCCUCACGUCCACUCACCGUCUGCACUUACCCUGAGAUCUUUGUAUUGAGUGGUGUAAUCGCCAUGGUGACUUGUGCCGUGUUCCUGCGUCUAAACUCUCUACUGAAGCUGGCGGUGUUGCUGCUGGCGGUCGCCGUCUACUCCUACCUCAUCCACCUGGCCUUUCUCACUCUCACACGCCAUGAUAUGCUGCACAGGUCUCACUAUGUCAGGAGAAAAGGAAUCGCCAUCCUUCUCAUGGCCAUGUGUAUUGUUGCUGUCUUCUACAACGGACGGCAGUGGGAGGCCACUGCCAGGCUGGACUUCCUGUGGCGUCUGCAGGCCCAACAGGAAGUGGAGGACAUGAGGGAAUUGCGGGAACACAACGAGUGUCUACUACACAACAUCCUGCCUGUGCACGUGGCGCGACACUUUCUGGACCGGAGCAAGCAUGAUGAGGAGCUUUACUCCCAGUCCUACGAUGACGUAGGUGUCAUGUUUGCCUCCAUCGCCGGGUUCAACGAGUACUUUGAACAGAAAGAGAUCAAACAUGAAGGAGUGGACUGCCUCCGACUGCUCAAUGAGAUCAUUGCUGGUUUUGAUGAGUUGCUGGAGGAGUCGUACUUCCACUAUGUGGAGAAGAUCAAGACCAUUGGGAGCUGCUACAUGGCGGCCUCUGGCUUAGCUCCAGACAAACAGGCGUCUGUGGAUGAAUGGAAUCACCUGAGUGAGCUGGUUUUGUUUGCGUUGGCAAUGCAGGAGACCUUGAAAGAGAUUAAUAGGUUCACUGCCAAAAACUUCCAGCUGCGUGUGGGCAUUGCUCACGGGCCGGUGGUCGCCGGGGUGAUCGGUGCCACCAAGCCGCAGUAUGACAUCUGGGGGUCAACAGUGAACCUUGCCAGCCGCAUGGACAGCACAGGUGUGAGAGGACGCAUCCAGGUACCGGAGGCCACGCGCAGGAUCCUGGCAGAGUGGGGUUUUGUCUUGGAGCUACGUGGAGAAAUCUUUGUCAAGGGGGUGAGCGAGCGUCAGGGGAAAGUCCGCACCUACUUCAUCAGCACCAUGCGCAGCAAGAGGGCCAACGUUGGGACAGACGGUCGCCUGGGGGGGAACCGGACGGGAGGACGCAUGACGCUAGCAGGGGUGGUGUUCGGUCUGGUCCAGGCCAGACACAAGGAGAAGAUGAGAGAGACCAACGGGGGGUUCGGUCGGACUCCCUGCACCCAUCAAUGCUGAGAGGACUGUUAGAGGUGGAGGAGGACACAGCCCGGCCAUAUUGUUUCUACGGGUUUACAGUUUUGUUGUGUGUGUGUUUCAUACUUUGCCAUAACUUAAAUAACUUCACAAGAGGGUGCAAACAAAUCCUACCAGAGCCUUUCUUCCUGAUUUCUCCAUGACUGUGUCCUCCUCUGCUUUCCUGUCGUCUAAAACAUAAAUAUUUUAUGCUGAAUCAUCUUGCUCAUAAGCUUUCUAUUUGUUUAUUGCCAUAUCUACACAUUAUAAGCAGUAUUAAGCAAGUUCAUUUUAUACAAAACUAACAAAAGCCAACAGUUUUUUUUGCUUGAAUAACAAUCCAGCAAAUCCCCAGACCUCAAAGACACAAAAUACCUCAAAACAACCAGCUCAACCUCUCAUAGACUUUCCAAUGGCCUGUACAACGCUGACUAGUGUUUGUUUUUUACUGUUAUCUUGCAUCAUUUUGACCAUUUUUCAGUAUAUUUUGUACCGUGAGUUGACACAUCACUUCCACUAAGAUAAAAAUAUCUGUUUUAGUGGGACUUUGGUCGACAUAAUAAGUACCAUUAUUUAUGAAUCGAUUGCUGCUUGCUUUCAUAUUGUGCUGUGAAUACUUUUCACCUGUGUGUAGCUCCUAUUGAAAUGGUAUUUCUGAGUUUUUUUGUCAAACAUCCAAUCGUGACAAAUCACACCGUGCUUCAGUUUUGCCUCAGUAUACUAUUACUCUCAAUUUCGUUACUUAGCUGCAGAUAUAUUUCCAUGGCAGAGUAUCUGUUGAACCAACUUUAAUGCCAAAACCACCUCCCAUGUAACUGCUCCUCUUGUGAACAAAAACCAAAUGACACAGGAGGUUGUUUUCCUGUAAUAAUGAUUUAAUAAUACUGUAGGCCUGAUGCCUUUUGUCACUGUCACAUAAGGAACACCUUGUUACUGCAAAUUAUUAUGUGUUUUCUUAUGUUUUAACUGAAGAAUGACAAGCUAAACUAUGGGACCAGUCUCUCCAAAAAAACAGAGAAACUCAAAAAUAUUAAUAUUGAUGAAUCCAUGAUCAAAGUAUUUAUACUUCAGAUAUAUAUGUUUAAACACAUGGCAUUCAAAAUAAGGCUGUUUUCUAAAAGUUUGGCAUUCUGGUAAUAUAAUGUGCUACAGCAAAAUGGUAACAAUGUGAGAUUAAUUUUUCCAAGGAAUAUUAUGCUUGUUUUUUCAUCAUUUUUACAAAAAAUAUUUAAUAGCCUUCAUUUUCUGCUAAUAAAACCAGUAAUGGCAACAAAUCAGAGUGGUGUGAUUUCAUUUUAAUUGUGCAUAUGAUUCAUUCUGAGAAAGAUGUGAUAUUAAACUCCAUUAACAUUUGUCCCUUAUACAAUUAUUUACAAAUAAUUGAUCUUUUCUUUUGACUGGACAAGUCUGUAGUUUUACUUUUUUGGAUGUAAGGGUUGAAGUUAGUUUACGGUCAGUGUCCAUGGAUAUCAGAGUCACAAAUGUAAUCUGGGAAAAAAAAGUUCUGA